GAACGGACCGGAUUUAUCUCGAUUGUUUUGAUUCUCAAUACUACUGGAAAUCCAUUGCUUUUCGUCCAAGUUUCUUCAAUCCUUCCCCUAUAAAUCUCACACCCUCUCAACUCUCAAUGCAAACCCUUGACAAGUAACAAGUAACAACUACUCGUCUUCAUGGAUAACUGGGACACCUGGGACGACAUCGAAGCCUAUCAAACUCACACCGGAAACACCUUCUCAUCCUCCAUCACCCCCACAGAUUUCGACCAAUACUACAUCUCUUACCCACUUUCCCACAUCUCCAAAACCAUCCACGAAACCGGCAACAAGAUCAUAAUGCCCGCUUCCGCCCUCAACCAACUCGCCUCCCUCUCCAUCUCUUACCCGAUGCUCUUCCGCAUCGAAAACACAGCCGUGGGCCUCCACUCCCACUGCGGUGUCAUAGAGUUCACCGCGGACGAGGGGUUCGUGUUCAUGCCCACGUGGAUGAUGAACAACCUGCAUUUACAAGAAGGUGAACUGGUUAAUAUCAAGAACACCAGCCUUCCUAAAGGAGAGUACAUUAAAAUACAACCACAUGCUACUAAGUUUACUACCCUUUCGGAUCAUAAAUCUUUGCUCGAGAAAGCGUUUAGGGAUUACGUUUGUCUUACCACUGGUGACACUAUUGUGAUCAACCACGGGGGUGACAAGUAUAUGAUUGAUAUUGUGGAGACCAAGCCAUCUCCCGCGAUCUUAUUGUUUGAAACCGAUUGUGUGGUGGACUUUGCACAACCGUUGGAUUAUAAAGAGCCUGAAAAGAAAACAACCAAAGAUGAUGAAGAUCCUACAACGAAGAAGGAUUGUAAACUGUUUCCAGGCGUUGGGAGGCGAUUGGGUGGUCGGGUGAUGAAGAAAAUAAAGAUGACCGAAUCAAACAUGGUGGUUGAUGAAAAGCUGGAGAAGAAGCACGAGACACUGUUUAAGCCGUUUAGCGGAGUGGCGAGGCGGGUUGAUGGACAACCGUUGGCGGCAGCAGUGGCUGAUGAUCACCCGAACAUUCAUGUUGAUGCGAGGAUGAACGAAGAAGGGUUUAACGCAUUUACAGGGAAGAGUUACCGGUUACUAUAAGUAACGAAUCGGAUAGUUUUUUUUUUGUUGUUUGUUUCUUCUUGUUGGUUUUGGGACUCAUGUUGUGUUUUGUGAUGACUUUUCAAUUUAACUUUACAUUCACAAUUUAACAACGUUGGGUUGUAUGAUUACCAUUAUGUUAUCUACUUAGACUUUUAUCUAACUGUGAGUUAAA